GACGUCAUCACGCACAGCGCAGAAACGGUUAGCUGUCGGUGCGCGAGGAAGUGUUAGUUCUUUAAAUUCGAGGGGCGAUGAACGGCGCGUCGGUUUUCGUUACACUCGCGGUUUCAGCAGGUGUUUUUGGAGACCAGCUGACGGUGCUGCGUAGCCCCCAGUAUGUGAACUUCAUGUCGGCAAAAUGGCCGCUAGCUGGAGAGAAGAUCCCGGACCUGGUGACUCUCAGUCCACGAGGAUCUCGAUUGGCCGGGUUUAGCGGCAGGAUCCCUGUUCCAGCGUCCUCAUGCCAACGCCCUGAUCGCCGUCCGUGGCAUUGACAGUUUAGAUCUUCCCUCUAAUGUCUCCUCUUAUCCACUGGAAAACCUGAUGAGACACAAGCACUUGGCUAAGGACCAGGCUCCUGAUCUGUUCUCUCUGGAGCUGGCCGGUAUGGAGGAGCUCGCCCGGCGCUACGGCACAGAUUCCCCUCAGUUCCAGGACGCCCGAGAGAUUCUGGUAGCUGCGCUGCAGAAGAGUAACCCGGGAAGCCCCUACAAUCUGGCCUACAAGUACAACUUUGAAUACGCCGUAGUGUUUAACAUCGUGCUGUGGCUCAUGAUCGUGUUGGCUCUCGCCGUCAUCGUCAUCUCGUACAACCUGUGGAACAUGGACCCGGGCUACGACAGCAUCAUCUACAGGAUGACCAAUCAGAAGAUCCGCAUGGACUAACCGUGCAUUCCGUCAGUGUUGCUGUGUAUUUUGUGUGUCUGUGUGUGUGUGUAUACAGGUUUCUCACUUCCAUCCAUCCCAUACAUCGAGUUUAUUGUGUAUAUACCUCUACAAUGUCAGUUUGUGAAUAUGUAGGAUGAAGAAUAUUUAUUGAUGCCUGCUGUUUUAUCGAAAAUCUAAAUGAUUAUAUAUGUAUACAGCGGAUGAGCGAGUGAAUGAGACGUAUGUAUUUAGCAUUCAUUAAUAGCACGCUGGCUUUAGUUGUGGAAUUGUGCGAAAUCUUCACACUAGUGUUGUGAUCACGUGUGGUGCUGUGUAUCGUUUUCCUGAUCGAGCUACAUGUUGAAUCAUCUGUAUUUAUUGUUUGUUUUUUUUUUAUUUCCUGAUACACUGGACCAUAAUAUCUGAUACUGAUGGGUAUAUGGGUGAGGCGUUAUACUAAAAUUGCAUGCAGUAAAACUUCGCCAAGGUGUGACAUUAAAACUAGGAAAUCGUUGAUGUGAUUUUAUUUUUGGAAAUAUUGAAAUCAAACAUAGAUAGAAAUUUUUUUUUUAUCUGACAUGCAGUGGGUUGUGCUGAUAGAAAGACAGAAUGAUAGAGGUGAUAUAUUAUGAAAAACGUGUAGUGAUGUAAUUUAACGAUUCUGAUAGAGAGUUGAGGUUAACCUUUCGAGGAUAAAAAAUUGUCAGACGGUUGAGGGUUCCAAGUUGUCUAAGAUGGCUGCUCAUAUAACAUUCCGGUGUUCAGACACUGAACGUAUGUAGUUCCAUGCAACCAUCA